CAUAUGAUGUGUAGCUGAGAGCGCAACAGUGAUCUCACAGCUGUCCCGCAUUUUUUUAAGAUUUAAUUUUCGCUGCAUGGACAGUUGACCAACUGCCUUUUUUCGCGCUCAGUGCGCCCUCCUUUACAGCUCCAACAUUUGUGAAGUGGCUGCCUCACCCUCUCGGACCGGAGGCCGUCUGGUCUCUGAUCUGGUCACCGGAGACUCGACGCGCUCCGUCAGGUCCAGGCUGUGCGGCUCCCGGAUCAGACCCGAGCCACCCCGAUCUCUGGCGAUGGAGAUGAUGGAGGGAGACGUUAUGGACAAACUCGAGGACAUGUCAUCUGUGUAUGAUUUCGACCCGAUCACAGGCAACAUCCCCGCCACCAAAGUAGAAAUCACCGUUUCCUGCAGAAAUCUGCUGGAUAAAGACACAUUCUCCAAGUCAGAUCCAUUAUGCGUGCUCUAUACGCAAGGUGUUGAAACCAAACAGUGGAGAGAGUUUGGCAGAACGGAGGUGAUAGACAACACCCUAAAUCCAGACUUUGUUCGAAAGUACAUCUUGGACUACUUUUUUGAGGAGAAGCAGAACCUUCGCUUCGACUUGUAUGAUGUCGACUCAAAGAGCCCGGACCUGUCCAAACAUCCUGCAGAACUCAACGACUUUUUGGGUCAGAUGUUCUGUACUCUUGGGGAGAUUGUUGGAUCACCAGCCAGUCGACUGGAGAAACCACUGGGAGGGAUCCAGGGGAAGAAAUGUGGCACUAUCAUCCUGUCCGCAGAGGAGCUGAGCAAUUGUCGAGACAGCGCCACUAUGCAGUUCUGUGCCAACAAGCUGGACAAGAAGGACUUCUUUGGGAAGUCGGACCCUUUCAUGGUCUUCUACAGAAGCAACGAGGAUGGAACGUUUACUAUCUGCCAUAAAACAGAGGUGGUGAAGAACACAUUAAAUCCAGUGUGGCAGCCUUUCACUAUCCCAGUAAGAGCACUCUGCAAUGGAGACUACGACAGAACAAUCAAAGUGGAGGUGUACGACUGGGAUAGGGAUGGCAGCCAUGACUUCAUUGGGGAUUUUACGACCAGCUACCGAGAGCUAGCUCGAGGGCAGAGCCAGUUCAAUGUGUACGAGGUGAUUAACACCAAGAAGAAAAUGAAGAAAAAGAAAUAUGUCAACUCUGGGACAGUGACCCUGCUCUCAUUCUCAGUGGAGUCAGAGUUCACGUUCUUAGAUUACAUCAAAGGAGGGACGCAGAUCAAUUUCACUGUGGCCAUCGAUUUCACAGCAUCUAAUGGUAACCCAUCCCAGUCCACCUCGCUGCACUACAUGAACCCCUACCAGCUGAACGCCUACGCCAUGGCCCUGAAGGCUGUCGGGGAGAUCAUUCAGGACUACGACAGUGACAAGAUGUUCCCCGCUUUGGGCUUUGGAGCCAAACUGCCCCCUGAUGGACGGGUGUCGCAUGAGUUUCCUCUGAAUGGAAACAUGGAAAAUCCGUACUGCAAUGGUAUUGAAGGCAUCUUAGAGGCAUAUCACCAGAGCCUGAAGACAGUGCAGCUGUAUGGGCCGACAAACUUCGCUCCUGUGGUGAACCAUGUUGCCAGGUAUGCAGCUGCGGUGCAGGACGGCUCUCAGUACUUUGUGCUCCUCAUCAUCACAGAUGGCGUCAUUUCUGACAUGGCCCAGACCAAAGAAGCCAUUGUAAAUGGUGCCAAGCUUCCCAUGUCCAUCAUCAUAGUUGGAGUGGGUCAGGCUGAGUUUGACGCUAUGGUGGAGCUGGAUGGUGAUGACAUCAGAAUCUCAUCCCGAGGGAAACUGGCAGAGAGAGACAUCGUUCAGUUUGUUCCCUUCAGAGAUUAUAUGGACCGGACAGGCAACCACGUGUUAAGUAUGGCUCGGCUCGCAAAAGACGUGCUAGCAGAGAUCCCAGACCAGUUCAUCUCUUACAUGAAGAGCCGGGGGAUCAAACCUAACCCGGCGCCACCUCCCUACACACCACCCGGACACACACACCACCACCACACGAUGAUCUGAAGCCCUCCUCCUGGCUUUUCAGUGAGGAUUGGACCUCAUGA